CUUUCCAAGAAAGAAAGAAAAACCUAAAAAAGAAGUUGUCGUAGCUCCAGCAGUAGUCAUGGCGUAUGCUUCUCAACUAAUCAAACACUCAAAGAAGUUAAGAAAUGUGGUUUCCAGCUUAAUGCGGCAUGAUCACGCCAGUUUGGCUCGUUGGUUGUCAAAUGAUUCUCACCUCUCUGCUGUUGCAUGGAAGGUUAUGGACAAAAGGAGGUAUUCAAGCACCGCUAAUCACGCUGUAACGUCAUUUGGUGCAUCUAGGAAAGAUGUUUCUAGGAUGAUAAUGAAAGUUGGAAACCCAAUUUCUGGACCACUGUUAACAAAGGAUUUUUCUGGUUCACAGGUACACUGGAAGAGAGGAUUUUCGUCUGAUUCAGGUCUUCCUCACUACCAAGAGAUUGGAAUGCCUUCGCUCUCACCCACAAUGACUUCAUCUUAUAGGAAAACAAUGCAGGCUUGGUCUGCUAAGUGAUUCUUUCUGAAAUUUCAGGGUAAUAUAGCAAGGUGGUUGAAGAAGGAGGGUGACAAUUUCACCCGGUGAAGUUCUCUGUGAAGUUGAAACUGGAGGCACAUUUACGGUUUCCAACCUGGGAGGGCCCUUUGGCAUCAAAAAUUUUUGUGCAAUCAUUAAUCGUCCUCAAUCAGGCAUUCUAGCGGUUGGCUCUGCUGAGAAGAGGGUCAUCCCUGGUUCGGGUCACGAUGAUUUCAAAUUCGCUUCCUUCAUGUCAGUGACACUAAGCUGUGAUCAUCGUGUUAUAGAUGGUGCAACCGGUGCCGAAUGGCUAAAAGCUUUCAAAGGCUACAUUGAGAAUCCCGAGUCAAUGUUGCUGUAGAUCGCUAGGUGGCUGCUCUCAUCAUUUCUUUCAGUAGACAUCUCUUUUUUGGCUGUGAUUAACACCAGAGGUACUUGAUGUAAUCCCAAUUGCCAUUGCUGAGUUCUAUUUGUUUGGCGUUUAUGUAUCACCAGGAAACUCUUUAUAGCAACAACAUUUGGUGGAAUAACCGAAUAUUAAGUGGGGCAUUGAGGCUUGAACUGCAAACUCAAUUUUUGCCCUCGCAGAGGGUAAUAACCCCCAUUUAGUGGGUAAUGCACAAGACCUUUUCUCCCCUUCAAAUUUAACAUCUAAAUAGAUGAAUGAUUCAAUGA